ACUUGUUUCUCUCGGCGGGGACUGGGGUUUUCCUGAGAAGAUACAGUCAAUAUUUUAUAUUCGUUCGUUAGAUCGUCCUCCGCAGUAAGCAUUUGGUGCUCGAAGGAGGCAAGUUCGUUAAACAAGAUGUGUACACUACUAAGAAGUUUUUUGGCGUUUUGCCUAUUUGCAUCAACCAUGGCCGCGGCAGUUGAAAAUAAUUUAGCUGUUCAGGCUGUUUCUCAGAGCGCUCAUUUGUUCUCCGCCAACUUCGUCAAGACUGUUUCACAAGAACAAUCAGACAAUUUAAUAUGUUCUCCCCUGAGUGCCCAUAUUGCCUUGAGCAUGGCAGCUGAUGGAGCUGCCGGAAAUACCGAGGCGCAGUUUAAAGAUGUUCUCAAGCUUCCAGCCUCGAAACCACAAACUUUAGAAGGUUAUCAGAAUCUCAUCGAUAAAUUGAAUAACGUUGAGAAUGUUACUUUGAAGCUCGCUAAUAAGAUGUUUAUCGGCAAGGACUUCCCGAUAAAACCUGAAUACAAACAGGAUCUCGAGACAUAUUAUAAAUCUGGCAUUCAAUCGGUAGACUUCAGUAAAAGCCAAGAAGCUGCGGACACCAUCAAUAUCUGGUGCAAAGAACAAACAAAUGAUCGCAUCAAGAGCAUCAUUAAUGAAGGCGAUGUGGAUGCUAGUACUGCACUGGUGCUCGCAAACGCAGUGUAUUUCAAGGGCCUAUGGGCACAUCAGUUCGAUCCUAAGCUUACCACGGACCGUCCGUUCCAUAUUGAUGCCAACACCGUGAAAGAUGUUCCAACUAUGUACAGAAAGGGCAACUAUAAAUACACCGAAUUGCCGGAAUACGAUGCUAAAUGCAUCGAAUUGCCAUAUGCGAAUAAAGAGAUCAGUAUGGUGAUCAUUCUACCCAAUAAAAUUGACGGUCUAGCUGCGCUGACCGACAAACUCGAGGAAGUUAGCGCGGAAUGCAGCUCUCGCCUCACCCAAAUAUACGAACGUGAAGUCCGAUUAUAUCUGCCCAGGUUCAGAUCUGAGACCAAGUUGGAUCUCAAGGAUACAUUGUCCAAUAAGAUGGGUCUUAGUGAGGCAUUCACCGAUAAAGCUAACUUCAGCGGCAUUUCGGAUAUACCUCUGAAGAUCGACAAAGUCGUGCAAAAAGCUUUCAUCGAAGUUAAUGAGGAAGGUAGCGAAGCAGCCGCCGUUACUGCUGUGAUGAUAGAAGCUCUCAGUUUCAAACCUUCACUGGAAUUUAGAGUGGAUCAUCCAUUCCUCUAUAGCAUCGUCAACCUCGAAAGUAAUAGCAUCGUAAAUUUGUUUGUUGGACAUAUUAUCAAACCCAUUGCAUAAUUUACAGAAGUGAAGUGGUGUUUUUUUAAAAAAUAUCAAAUUUGGUACAAUAUAAUUAAGAAAGUAUAAAUUUGAUAUGUUCAUAUCUGAGUAAUAAAUAAUAAUAACAGCAAUUUCUAUGUGACUCGAACUGCUGUACUACUCCGAUUUUAUUUUUAAACAUGUGAUAUAUUUAUAUAUAGAUAAUUUUUUGGAGAGUACUUUCUUGGAGAGUACUUUUGAAUAUUCCUUCCAAACAAGAAUUGCGCUUAUAAAAUUGUCAAAUAUUUCAGAGGAAUCUACUAAGACAAAAAGUGUAAACAAUUAUACAGCAAUUUACAUUAUUUUAACACAAUGAUAUUGUAAAAAAACUAUAAAAGAUGGAAACUCAAACGAAA